UUUUGGCCCGAACCGAUUGAUAGAACCAGACAGCCAGCCCGAUUCAUAGUGCAUCUUCUGGUCUAUGGGUUCUAGCUCGGCUCAAAAGGCAAAGACAGGCUUGCAAAAUAGCCCAUCAAAAGGAGAAUCAGUGAGCAAAAGAAAUCACCGAUGGGAGGGAGCCACACCGGCGACGAUGAGGAUUUGCUUCUCAAAGAAUUCUUUGCUGAAGUCAGCGAAGUUGAAAGAGACAAUGAAGUCAUCAGCAUUAGCAAAAGCCCAACAACAAUUGCUUGAUCAACAGGAAAGGGAUUAUAUUCUUAGCCAAGUUACUGCAGCAAAAGAAGAACUUAGAGCAAAGAGGAAGAAGCAGUUAAAGAAAGACACAGCUUCAAAGUUAAAGUUAUUAGUUGAUGAGGGAAAAUCUGAGCAAGAAUAUGAACAAUCAGAGGAGUUCCAGCAGGAGUUGAAGUUGAAGGUUCGAGAAUUAUUAACAGAGCAGGAAUGGUGGCAGAGAAAAAUGGCAAUGAGGAUAUCUGAAGAGGAAGAUCGCCUAAAGAAGGAUGAAGAAGAGCAAAAGGAGAUAUGGAAAAGGAAGCGUGAACAUGAGGAGCAGUGGGAAGGAACAAGGGAAACGGCGAGUAUGUAUUCUCUUUUUUUAUUUUGCUCAUCAGGUUUCAAGUUGGAGGGAUUUUAUGAAGUCAGGGAAAAAGUCUAAGAAAGGAGAACUUCGUCCCUCCAAACUGAAGACAGAGGAUCCCAACAAAUCGUAUGUUCAAAGGCCCGUAAAGCGAGGUUAAUUGGUGUGAUGGGGGGUUUUGACAGCUAGUUCAACUAACUGUUCCUGCAGUGAAUGAAGUUUGUAAGAACCCAUUUCUCUGAAAAGGCUUAUCAUCAAGGUAUUAUUGUAGAAGAGAAAGGAAAUUACUUUGCAGAUUAAAAGCUAUUUUUUUUCUCCUCCCCAUUUUCACCUUCACAAACAAACAAUCCUCUAUUUAGCCUAUCCUGUGUGCUUAUUAGAUCAGAAGACUGUCAUCUAGGGGCUCGACAGUUAUUUCUUGUUAUUGA